AUGUCUGACGCCCAGAAGACUGUUGAGGAGACCCCCGCGGUCGUCCCUGCCGUUGAGACUAUUGCUGAGACACCUGCUGAGGCUGCUGUUGAAGCUCCCAAGGAGACCGAGGCUGAGCCUACAGCUACUCCCGUUGUGGAGAGCACUGAGGGUGCUGAAGCUGUCAAGGAGGAAGUGAAGCCCGCUACUGAGGGCGUUCUGGGCUACAAGGCCCCUGGUCUCGUCAAGGGCUUCCGCUUCGCCAAGCGCUUCUUCUACUUCAACGAGGAGGCUGUUGAGAGCAAGAACCUCUCCGUCUUCCACCAGAACGAGAAGGCCGCUAUCGCUAACCCCACCGCCGCCUGGGCCAGCCAGACCGGCAAGGGUCUGCUUUUCUUCACCAAGCGCGCUGAAGACAAGGCCACCCCCGCUGGAAUUCUGAACCUCGCCGAUGUCUCUGAUGUGACCAAAGAGGGUACCAACGAGUUCCUUUUCAAGCUUGCUGGUCACAAGCACACCUUCCAGGCCUCCAGCGCCGCUGAGCGUGACAGCUGGGUUGUCGCCAUCGAGGCUCAGUCCACCGAAGCCAAGGCCGAGAAGGAGACUAUCAUCUCCAGCGAGGGUUACAAGGCUGAGUUCGAGAAGCUGACUAAGCCUGCCGUUGUCGUUGCCGCAGUCAAGAAGCCCGAGGAGAAGAAGGAGGAGGCCCCCAUUGUGCCCGCCGAGGCUGCCCAGGAGGAGCCCAAGGAGGAGAAGAAGGAGGAGAAGGUCACCGCCAAGAGCCGUUCCCAGUCCCGCAAGCGCACCAGCAUCUUCGGUUCUCUCCUAGGCAAGAAGGACGCUGAGGAGAAGAAGGAAGAGACUCCCGCUGCCGAGGAGACCAAGGCCGCUGAGCCUGCUGCCGAGCCCUCUGUUGAGGCUCCCGCCCCAGUUGUUGCUGAGAUCACCGAGACCGCUGCUGCCCCCACUGAGGUUGCCGAGGCUACUGCUGAGACCCCUGCUGAGGUUACCGAAGCCGCCAAGGAGGAGGUUAAGGAUGAGAAGAAGGCCGAGAAGAAGGCCAAGCGUGCUUCCAUCUUCGGAAACUUCUUCCAGAAGGUCGCCAGCCCUUCCCAAGAGAAGUCAGAGAAGGAGGCCACCGCUCCCGCUGUCGAAGAGACUCCUGUCGCCAGCACCGCUCCUCAGCUCGAAAACCCUGUUGAGGAGGCUGCUGCCAAGCCUAUUGAAGCUGAGGCCGUGACUGCCCCCGCUGAGGCUGUGGAGACCCCUGCCGCUGAGACCCCCGCAGAGGCUGUCUCCACCCCCAAGGAAAAGCGCCGUACCUCGUUCUUCGGCAACCUUGGCAUGAAGAAGGAGAAGAAGGCCGAGUCCUCUGAUAACGAGGUCACCGAUGGUGAGGGUAAGGAGACCAAGGCCAAGUCCAACAAGCUCGGCGGCCUUUUCCGCAAGCCCAGCAAGGCUGUCAAGCUCGACAAGGAGGAGGUUGCCGCCACUGAGACCGAGGCCGCUGAUGAGGCCCCCGCCGUUCCUGCCAAGGAGACUGCCACCGAGGAUGCCCCUGCUGUCAUCGAUGAGGCCCCCAAGGCCGCUGAGACUGUCCAUGAGUCUAAGAAUGUCAGUGUUGCCGCUGCCACCCCUGUUCAGGCUGCUGCAUGA